AUGUUUAUCGCCUUCGUGGCAGAAGUCACCGGCGAGGCCAUAUUAUAUGGCCUCAGCCGCUAUCUGGACACCGUUGUCCGAAAUUCAAUCUCGGCUACGGGCAAGACUGAGGUGUGGACAAAUCUGUAUGGAACUUAUGCAAGCCUGAGAUCUGAACCGCAUUUCAAUGAAUCGAAUGCAGUAACUAAUGACGAGUUGUUUGACGUUAUUAAUCCGACUAGUAGAGAAUGUGUAGACGAACUAUUUUCGUGUCUGAUAAGAGAUCCAUCACAAAUGGCUGAUGAUGGAUUCAAAUUGUUUGUAAUGAACGGUGACAUAGAUCCUAUGCGGAUUGAGUCAUUAAACACAGUGAUGGACGACAAUAAGGUGUUGACGUUGCCGGGCAAUGAACGUAUAGCCCUGACACAGACAAUGUGUCCACCGUUCGAUUUGAGCUGGUCUACCACGCCAGCCACUGUUUUUCAUUCUGGUAUACUCACACCGGACGUAACGCACAAACAAAUGUUGUGUACGUUACUCGAUUGUCUUCUGACUCGAAUGGCCGGUCCGCCGGAAACUGCUAGGGAUGUUCACGAAACAUAUUUUGUGUUCACUUGUCUUUGGGUUUUUAGUUCAGCAACAUUUCAAGAUCAGUUGAUCGAUUGGAGACUUGAAUUUUCCAAAUGGCGGUUAACAGAGAUUUUAUUCAUUUUAAUAAAAGCAAUUUAUAAUUAA